AGUUGGCUGGUGCACUUUGACGAGAGGCGUUGUUAGUUACUUCGUUGUGUCGACAUUUUUCUGUUUAGUGUACCGAUUAAUCUUGAAAUAUUACAAUGGCUGACCAACUCACCGAAGAACAAAUUGCCGAAUUCAAAGAAGCUUUCUCACUAUUCGAUAAAGAUGGUGAUGGUACAAUUACGACUAAAGAAUUAGGAACAGUAAUGAGAUCUCUAGGACAAAAUCCAACAGAGGCUGAAUUACAGGAUAUGAUCAAUGAAGUAGAUGCUGAUGGUAAUGGCACGAUCGAUUUCCCUGAAUUUUUAACGAUGAUGGCACGUAAAAUGAAAGAUACCGAUAGUGAGGAAGAAAUUCGUGAAGCAUUCCGAGUGUUCGAUAAAGACGGUAAUGGUUUCAUCUCUGCAGCAGAAUUGCGCCACGUCAUGACCAACUUGGGUGAGAAAUUGACAGACGAAGAAGUCGAUGAAAUGAUUCGGGAGGCCGAUAUCGAUGGUGAUGGUCAAGUCAAUUACGAAGAGUUCGUCACCAUGAUGACUUCAAAGUGAGGAAACCAGAGUUGCAUUUUCAGCUUUCCAUUGUUUCAUCCCGGCUCAUUGUCUACAUUUUUCAACACCUCGAACUUUUUGCUUUGUGGCCGGGUCCACUAAAGUGAAUAACUUAACCGUUAUUUGAUUUACAAGACAAAUUUAAUUAAUAAAUAUAUUUAUAAAUUAAUAUAAUUGUGUAAAUUUUUGU